AUGCCUAGAGAAAGCGAAAAAACUAAAUUACUUAAAUUAUUUGAAGAAAUUGUUGUUGUUUGUGAUUUAUUAACAUUAGAAUUCUUUGGAACAAAUGAUGAUAAACAACGCAAAAAAGAGGACGAAAUUCUAGACGAUUUUACAUGUGUUCUUGCUGUUGGAGAACAUUUUCGAUACGCAAUGCCAUUUAUACACCAUUCUGUUCCAAAGUCAAACAAUUUUCUAACCAAUGUUUUGCCUUAUUUAGAUGAGAACAGAUUCAAGCAAAUCGUAAGGGUUAGUUGGCAAAACUUUCACUUCAUUCUUAAUUUAAUUAAAAAUGAUAAAGUUUUCAAUGGCCCGCGUUCCUGCAAACAGUUUCCAGUUGAAAUGCAAUUAAUAAUAUUUUUAUAUCGAUUGGGUUCUAGUGGAGAAGGCGCAUCGUUAAGCAAAAUUGCAAGUUUAUUUGGAAUUGGUGAUGGUGGUACUCUUCAGAAAAUAACUGAUAGAAUUUUUAAAGCCAUACUGGAGCUUAAGAAACAAUUUCUAUACUGGCCAGAUGCAUUAGAACGAAAAAAUAUGGUUGCAAAUACUUUUCACGAAUUACCCCAUUGUAUUGGGUACGUAGAUGGGACUGAAAUCAAGUUGGCAGAGAAACCGUUAGAUGAUCCCGAAUCCUAUUUCUCUCGAAAACAUAUAUAUUCAUUGAAAGUACAAGGUAUUUGCGAUCAUCGUCUCCGAGUUCGCCAUAUGGUUUUAGGAUAUCCUGGGAGCGUGCACGAUGCAAGGAUUUAUAACAAUUGUGAGUUAUCUGUAAAUUCCAAGAAGUUUUUGACUGGAGCUGAAUGGCUUGUUGGAGAUAGUGCGUAUAAAUUAACUGGCACUGUAGUAACACCUUUUAGAGCAAAUUCAUCGGAACUCAAUUUAAAAGAACGCACUAAUUUCAACAAAACUCUAAGCCGUUAUCGUAUUAGAAUUGAGCAUUGCUUUGGUUUGAUGAAAGAAAGAUUUAAUAGCCUGAAGGAGCUGAAAAUUCAAAUAAAAAACAAAUCAUCUGUCAAACAUGCUUGUGACUGGAUUUUGGUUUGCGCCAUAUUGCACAACAUUUUAUUAGAUCAGAAAGAAGUAGUUGAUUUCACUUUACCAACGGAAAAUGGGUAUGAUUUUGAAGUAGGAUAUGAUAAUGAAGAACCUGAAUAUCACUCUACAGUCGAGGGAGAAGUAAAAAGACGGGCACUAUUAGAAUUAAUUAAAGAAAAAAAUGAAUAA